UGUUGAGUCAUGUUGCUCCUGUUCCCCUUGAGCACAUGACAGACAGACACUGAAGUUUAAAAGAUCCCUGCCACUGCUUGCACCUGCAGUGGUUGUCAGUCAUGUCUGCGAAACUCUGUCUGUGGGCUCUCAUAUUCUUUGUGAUAAAAGAUGUGCACCCCAACUAUGCUGAAGCAAAUGUGGCUGCACCCCAGAAUGUGAUGGUGACUUCUGUCAAUAUGGCUGCAGUUGUUGAAUGGACAUCUCCACACAAUCCCAUGAGGAACGUGACAUACACGGCAAGAUAUAUCCUGAAAAACAAUGUGUCUUCCAUCUGCGUGAACACCAGAGAGCUGAAGUGUGAUGCAGGGAGACUGCCAUCUAUAUUUGGGAGGUACAUUUUUCAAGUGCGGGCAGAGGAUCAAGGAAUGUUCUCUAAAUGGGUUGAUACAGCCAUAUUUACACCAUAUAAGCACUCUAUCAUAGGACCCCCUACUGUGCAUCUUGUCAUCCAAAGUAAUACCUUGGAUGUGCACGUCCAAGCUCCAGUGAUGAAAGUGGGCAAACUUGCAGAAAUUUUUUCUCAAAUGUCCUACAUCAUCAGACAUUGGACCGAAGGCUUCGAAGAAGAGGCAGUGGAGAAGACGGUUGCUGAAACCAAAGAAGAUUAUGUUAAACUGAGUAUUAAAGGACUACAUUUCUGGAGCAGAUAUUGUGCUCAGGCCUUGGUGAUUCCCAAAGGCUACGGAAAUGUCAAACAUUUCAGUACUGCCGUAUGUGUGACUAACACAUCUGUGCUCAUCAGCUGUGUGAUUGCUGCUGCCAUCCUUCUUCUUCUGGCAAUCUUGGCCGCUUUGCUGAUCUAUAAAGUGUACCGAUUCCUGUACCCGAAAACCAACCUACCAGAACUUCUCAAGAAUCUAUUCGUACCAUCAUUUUGGAAUGCUGAGGCAACCCAUCAUUCAGCACAGCAUAAAGAACAGCAUGAUAAAAUCAGUGCCAUAUCUGAGGAACAUCUAUAUGAAGAGCUCAGCGAGAAAAGCAAGAUUUCCGAGGACAAGGACUCUGGUUUGUCGUCUGUUCUCGGCCCAAUUCAAGAGGUGGAAGAGGACUACAAACUCCUGGUGAACAUAAAUCAUGCACCUAUUUUUUACUCUAACCAUCUCUACCCGUUAUGCUUGAAAAACUCAUUAUUUACUCAUUCAAACAGCCCCUGCUUCGAAGGCUCCACUAGCACUCAGUCUUGUUACUACAACAUAGCUGACGCAAGCUCUGAGCCGAGCAUCUCUGAGGGUGUUUGCUGAAGUCAUCAAUAAGCUGAGAUGAACUUAUUUACUUAAGAAUGAUCUUGAUUAUCACAAGUAUAUAAUUUAUAUAUAUAUGUUAUGUAUAUAUGUAUAACUGCAGUGGUGCAAUGGCUGUCUGUUGUAUAUAAUUUCUUGCAUUGUUUAUUGUGAUAAUUAAUGAAUGUACUUUCUGAGAAACUGAUAUCAUUGUAUGCCUAUAAAUGGUUGUAUUGUUUUCAUAAAAUAGUGAAAUAUGUAAUAAAUAAAAUUGAAUUGUUCUUACCUUUUGGCCCAGUUAAUUUAAUAGUUGUAUCAUAUUGUUAGCACUAAACUUCACACAUACUUAUGUUAUUUAAGUGUUAAGUAAGUGUUUUUAUAUUUCUGAUCAAUUUCAUUUAGGUCUAUAAAAUGAUUAGCCCCCACCUUUUUUUUUGGUUUCAUGAAAAACAAAUAGAAAGUUUGGGCACCCUUUGCAGAAUCUGUGAGAAUGCGAGUAAUUUUCAAAAAAUAAGAGAGAUCACACUAAAUGCAUGUUAUAUUUUA